CGAGCGAUCUGGUUGGCUUUGCGUUUGUGGUGGGGUUGAUGUGUCAGUCAGUGUUUCCGAGGGGAGCAGUGGCGCAUCUCACGGACUGCCGCUGGAAUAAGAGGCAUCUCUAUCAUGUGAGCCAUCCGGCCUUUUCUGUUGCCAGCCACGGCAGUCGCAUCCGAAAUCAAGACUGCGUGGACAAGAAAGAAGAGAUAGGCUAGUGUAAUUAGUAUUAGUGAAAGAGGGACGGAUGCGUAUUUGUUUUGCUAGGCGACAUGAAGCAGGGGGUGGUCAGUCGCCACCGAAACGCUGGUUUCUGGCCAAACACCAUCCUGUUCUAGCUCGUCCUCGGCCUCGUUCGGUUGUAUUUUAUUUUCUUCAGUGAAUUUUCAUUUUGUUCACCCCAGCUUUUUUUCGGCCAGAGAAGAUGCAGCAGGCUUGAGGACAUCCUUGAUAUUCGCUGACUGCCGCUGCCAUGACGAACGCAGGCUUUCUCUCGGGCAUGGCUCAGCCGGCAGCCUCACAGGCAGAUUGACUGGGUCGUGGUUGCAGCCGCGGAGAGGCCGAUGUCGACGGCUCAUCGUAGGAGCUCGAUUCUGUAAAUAUCAUUCACAAUAAUCAUUAAUAAUAGUCAGGAAUCUCAGGGAAAAUGUCUUCGCGGUCUGCAUUACCACCUGGGAACGAAAGGAGCUCAGAUCAUCAUGCCUCCCUGGCGGUGAGUCGCUCCGAGAAGGGCACGAGCGUGUCUAGCCGCUCGCUGGGUGCCCGCUGUCGGAAUUCCAUGGCCUCCUCUUCAGACGAGCAGCCACACAUCGGGAACUACCGGCUCCUGAAGACGAUUGGCAAGGGCAACUUCGCCAAGGUGAAGCUGGCACGCCACAUCCUUACGGGCAGAGAGGUCGCAAUAAAGAUUAUUGACAAAACUCAGCUGAAUCCAACCAGCCUUCAAAAGGUGAGAAAGCUCUUUCGAGAAGUCAGAAUUAUGAAAGGCUUACAUCACCCAAACAUUGUGAAACUGUUUGAGGUGAUCGAGACAGAAAAAACACUUUAUCUAAUUAUGGAGUACGCCAGUGGAGGUGAAGUAUUUGACUACCUCGUGUCUCAUGGGAGAAUGAAGGAAGUAGAAGCCAGAGCCAAAUUCCGGCAGAUUGUGUCUGCUGUUCACUACUGCCACCAGAAAAACAUCGUCCACAGAGAUCUGAAGGCUGAAAAUCUUCUGCUGGACGCUGAUGCCAACAUCAAGAUCGCUGACUUUGGCUUCAGCAAUGAGUUUACGCUGGGCAGCAAGCUGGACACCUUCUGCGGGUCUCCUCCCUACGCCGCCCCGGAGCUCUUCCAGGGCAAGAAGUACGACGGCCCCGAGGUGGACAUCUGGAGCCUGGGGGUCAUCCUCUACACGCUGGUCAGCGGUUCACUGCCCUUCGACGGGCAGAACCUAAAGGAGCUGCGCGAGCGUGUGUUGAGAGGAAAGUACCGCGUGCCCUUCUACAUGUCCACUGACUGUGAGGGCAUCCUCCGCCGCUUCCUGGUGCUCAACCCUACUAAACGCUGCACCCUGGAGCAAAUAAUGAAGGAUAAAUGGAUCAAUGCUGGGUAUGAUGCAGAGGAGCUGAAGCCUCACGCGGAGCCUGUGAUCGACUACAGCGACGCCAGUCGCAUCGAGGUGAUGGUGGGCAUGGGCUUCACCUCGGAGGAGAUCAAGGACUCUCUGCUCAAUCAGAAGUACAACGAGGUGUCUGCCACCUACCUGCUGCUGGGCAUCAAGACUGAGGACGGCGCUGAGACACGGUCUGGCAGUAUGACUCUGCCCCGCGUGCGACCCAGUCCCAUCACCAACGGAACCAACAAGCACCCGUCCGCCACCGGCUCCUCUUCAUCCUCCUCCUCCUCCUCCCACAGCAAGACACCACGCAGCAGCUCCACCUACCACCGGCAGAGACGACACAGCGACUUCUGUGGGCCCAGCAUGCCGGUGAUGCACCCGAAGCGGAGCCCGACCACAGGCGGGGACCGAGACCUGAGGGAGAGCCGCAUGCCCCCGCGGAAGGCCAGCUGCAGCGUGAUGGGCAGCCGCAGCCUGCCCCCCUCCAGCCCCAUGGUCAGCAGCGCCAACAACCCCAACAAGGCUGAGAUCCCAGACCGCCGUAAAGAGAUGACCGCCACCACUAAUAACAUCCCAGGCAGUGCCAUGACUCGCCGGAAUACAUACGUCUGUACGGACCGCUCCAACACAGACAGACACUCACUACUGCAGAACGGCAAAGAGAACAGUUCUCUGUCUCACCGGCUGCCUCCCACCUCUCCGUCCACUCUGAGCAUGGCGGGCGCGGGCGCGGGGUCCUCGUCCUCGUCCUCCGGGGAGCGCUGUCGCCUGACGCGGGGCUCCACCAUCCGCAGCACCUUCCACGGGGGCCAGCUGCGCGACCGCGGCCCUCCCACCUACGGCCCGCCCCCCACCUCCCCGACGCUGCCGUCCCACGAGGCCGCCGCUCUCCCCCCCCACGCCCGCAGCCGUGCCACCUCCAACCUCUUCAGCAAACUCACCUCCAAACUCACGCGCAGGGUCAAUCUUGACCCUUCUAAGCGCCAGGGCUCAAACAAAUCAGUGUCGGGUUGCACCCUCCCCCAGGGAUCCAAAACAGUUAGUAAGUCCCCCUGUCUUUCGCUUCUCUGCCUGUCUGCCUGCCUGCCUGCCUGUCUGCCUGCCUGUAGUUGCAUAUCUACCUGUCUGCCUGCCUGCUACCUAUCUCUCUCUGCUAGUUUAAUAUCUAUCUGCCUGCGUGUCUUUCUGUCUCACUGGUAACCGCAUGUCUGUCUGCCUGCUCGGCCUGCUGUCUGCCUGCUUGCCUGUCUGUCUCUCAGUCUGUUGGAUGUGGAGUGAUGGAAGGAUGUUGUAAAUAUGCCUCACAGAGGUUGAUUGUAUUUGAUAUGAAGAAGGGUCACGCUUUGAUGGGUUUGUUUGUUUGAUGAUUGGUGUGUUUGUUUGUUUGUUGGUUGGUUGGUUUGUUUGUUUGUUGGUGUAUUUUCAGUAUUUUGACUGCAGUGAGAUAUCCUUCAUCAAAGACAGUGUCUCAUUGAGCUGAGCAGUGCAAAUAACCAAGCCUGAAUGCACUAGCUAGUCCACUUCUACUGUGGGAAGACUGUGUUCCUCGUGCUCUCAAAGAGUUAUUUGUCCAGCGAACAGAGAAAUCAGUCAGCACUAGAAAGUUAUCCACGAUCUUAUCCUGAAAAGAUCAGUCCAGUACUAGGGAAGCUCAGAGGACCAUCUAUUCACGUCAGGCAAGCCCUGUCAUUUCCUGAAUCUCCAGGCAUAAUACCAACUCAUUCAUUCCUGACAGUCAGUGGGUGGACAAUCAUUCUUGAGAAUUCAUGAAAGGCCCAAAUAUGACAAGAAUAAGCCUUUGGAAUGGGCAGACUGUAGCAGGGGGCAGGGUCUCUUAGGCAAGACACAUGAAGAUGUCAAUAAAAACAUCUAUUCAAUGGAUUUAGACUUAUUUAAGUGUAAAUGCCAACAGUAAAGCAUCUGCAGAAACAGAAGUAGAGUGUUGGGUGUAGCUCACAUCCGUACAUCACGUAUGGGAAAGGCUUUCUGCUCAGCUCACUGAUCUGAAAAGCUGAUGCUUUCCUCAUCUGCCUUUUUAGCCCAUAAACAUUUGUCGACCAACGGUAAAGUCAUAAUCCAUAUCUGCUGCCACUGCUCUCAUCUGUGGGUCGUGUGGUUUGUGUGUGUUUGAAGUGUGUGUGCUGGUGUAUGAACUUCAUGUGCAUGGUAGUUAGCAUGCGACCAAUGGUGUGUGCUGUUAGAGUUUCAUUGUACCUUAUUAUGGAGACUUCUCCACAAUGUAAUCCUCAUAUUCUUUAUCUCUUCUUCUUCUUCUUCUUCUUCUUCUU